AUGCUGCAGAGCAUACCAUCGCAGUUUAAUCUCGACGUUGCUUCGACUGCACACAGCGCGCCUGCGAUACUGUCAAGAAUGCUUCGAAUCGUGACACAACUAGUUUUUGGUUUCCUCGCUCUACUCGCUCUACUCGCUCUGAUUCCCAUAUGUCCCCUGCCGACUCUUGGCAGAAGCACGUGGUGGUUGCAGCCUUUUCCGUGGGAUGCGACUUAUGACUAUGUCGUUGUCGGCGGCGGCACUGCAGGGGUCACGGUGGCUUCUCGUUUAGCCGAGAAAGGACACAACGUGGCUUUGGUCGAAGCUGGAGGCACAUACGAGUGGUCACGUCCUCUUUCGAGGAUUCCAGGUGCUGCUACCAUUGGCAUUGGUGCUGAUGUCGCCACGGCUUCCUCAAUCGACUGGAAAUUUGUCGCACGGCGGGUCCCCGGCGCCAACUAUAGGGACAUCCAUUAUCCUCGUGGGAAAUGUCUGGGUGGUUCAUCUGCAUUGAACUUUAUGAUAUACCAACGUCCCUCUGAAGGCGCCAUGGACAAGUGGGCUGAGCUUGUCGGUGAUGUCAGCUAUUCCUACAAUGAGACCUUGAAAUACUUCAAGCGCACCAUCGCCUUCUCUCCACCGAAUGCCGAGUCCUCCCGUCCAGAUACACCUUACAACUCGUCAGCUUUUGAUAGCAAGGGUGAACCGCUCCGGGUGUCAUACCCACAGUUUGCCAUGCCCUUUUCCACCUGGGCUCGACAAGGAUUUUCAGCAAUCGGUAUAGAAGAAAUAGAUGGAUUCGACAGUGGGAAACUUGAAGGCCAUCAAUUCUGUGCCAUGACUAUCCACCCCGCGGACGAGACACGCAGUAGUUCGGAUGCUGCAUUUUUGUAUUCCGGACGGGGACUGAAAACACUCUCUGUCUAUCAGAGCACGCGAGCAGAAAAGGUGCUUUUUGACUCGCGUCUGCGAGCAACUGGUGUCAGGGUCAGUGGCAUAUGGGGAUACACAUUGUGGGCCAAGCAGGAAGUGAUAUUGUCUGCUGGGGUCUUUCAAUCACCACAACUGCUAAUGUUGUCCGGCGUCGGUCCUCGCGAUACCCUUCUUCACCAUGGAAUUAGACCGGUGAUGGAUGCACCUGGUGUCGGUCAAAACAUGUGGGAUCAUGUUUUCUUUGGGCCUUCAUAUCCCGUCUCUGUGGAAACAUUCUCUCGGUUGACUCAAGACCCGCUCUGGCUCAUCUGGCAGGCUGCAAACUAUCUCAUUCGCCAUGAAGGUGUCUUGACUAAUCCUUCAACUGAUUACCUGGCCUUUGAGAAGUUGCCCCAACACCUGAGGCAAGGACUGAGCCCAGCGGUGGAGGAUACUUUGGCCUGGUUCCCGGAUGACUGGCCUGAGAUUGAGUAUCUGGCAGCAUCGGCCUUUGUUGGCAAUUUCUCGAAUCCAUUUUUCCAACAGCCCGCUCGGGGCCAGUAUGGUUCGAUCGUCACUAGCAUCGUUGCACCUACUUCACGGGGCAAUGUCACUCUCCGAUCGAGGCAUGCGAAGGAUCUACCCAUCAUCAAUCCCAAUUGGCUCGACACGGAGAGUGAUCAGAAGCUGGCCGUUGCGGCAUACAGAAGAAUUCGCAAAGUGUUUCAGACCACCGCUAUGGAGGCCAUCCUCACUGGGCCUGAGUACUUCCCCGGAUUGCAAUUCCAAUCCGAUGCCGAGAUUCUGAACAUCAUCCGAAACACCAUGAUGACAAUAUACCAUGCCUCGUGUACCUGCAAGAUGGGUAUGAAGAGCGAUCGAAUGGCGGUCGUGGACCAUAAAGCCCGAGUGUUUGGGGUGGAGAGACUGCGAGUUGUCGACGCGAGCGCCUUUCCGUUGCUGCCACCCGGACAUCCUCAGUCAGUUGUCUAUAUGCUGGCCGAGAAGAUUGCGGCGGAUAUUAUCAAUUCACCAUUAUUGUCUCAGUGA